AAAAACAUACAGAUUGUCUAAGGAGGACCAUCCGAUAUUCAGCCACGUCACUGAUCCGCGUCAAUUCGCGUUUCAACGCCCGAGAUGACGGUUGCAGAGCUACUGCAAGAACGAGAAUGAAGAAGCUGGCUCCUCUAUCUCUCUCGCUCGCUCGCUCUCUCUUCACGUCCCUGUUUACUGAUUCCCGAAUUUGAUUUAUUUACCGGGAAAAUAAAAUAUUUCUCUCGUGAAAGCUUUUUUCGGCUAACAAAGAUGAGGCUGUGGAGGCUGAUUAUGUUGAUGGAGCUGAUGGAUGAUGAUUUAGACUUAUUACUGGAAAUGAAAUUACUGAGGGCUUUGUACAAAAAAGCCAGUGAAGAUGAGGCCGAGGAUGGUGUAGAAGGUCUUGAGGAGGAGGACGGUGACGAAGACGAGGGUGAGGACGAAGACGACGAAGAAGAUAACGAAGAGGCAGACGACGGAGACAGUGGUGUGCAGAAGGUUGUACCUUCUUCUGGUGGUCCUCCGGUUCAUUCGGUGGACGAUGAUGAGGACGACGAUGAGGAAGACGACGAGGAUGGCGAUGACGAUGACGAUGAUGGAGCAGACGAUGGUGAUGAUGACGAUGACGACGACGACGAGGAGGACGAUGAUGUUGCUGAAGAGGAGGUGGAUCUGGGAACGGACUACCUUGUGAGGCCAGUCGGGCGAGCCGAGGAUGAGGAAGAUGCCAGUGAUUUUGAACCGCAGGUGAAUGGCCAGGAGCAGGAAGACAUCGACGAAGAGGAGGAAGACGAUAAUGGCGAUGCCAGCGGGAAGGUUGAUGUUCCAGCAAAGAGGAAAAGGUCCGGCAAAGAUGAUUCAAGUGGCGAAGACGACAACGAUGGUGGAGAGGAUGAUGAGAGACCAUCAAAGCGAUAAUAUGGGCCAAGGACUGACAUCGAAAACCGUAGGUCAUCAAUCUCUCUACCUCACUAUCUUCUUUCUGUUCUUGGUUCCAGUGAUGCGUCCAGAUUGUAUCAUCUGGUAAUUUCAGGUUCCGAAGAACUCUUUGAAAGUGCUGGUUUAGGAUUUUAUCUCUCUCUAAAUUCAGAAUUUAGAUUAAAGUUGUAGACUUUUGAAGACUUUUAUGUCUGUUAGGUUGAAUUUGGAGGUUAUCCUUAUCUGUAAAUCUGGUCCUUGUGCUCUAAUUCUCUCUCUUUCUUUCUGGUUUAGAAUAGUUGAACGGUUGUCGGAUCUUUUAUUUAUUUAAAGCUAUCUUUAAUUUUUA